AGUUGUUUAUCAGAAUGAACUGAUUGAUUGCAAUCAACAGUCAGUUAGCAAAUACAGUUUAUCAGAGAGCCCCAUGUAGUCAACACAAAUGAACCAAAUAGGUUGUUUGGCACUGUAUGAACUGUGCAUGGGUGGACUGACUUUUACAUUUUUUUAAUUGGUUGUGUUAAUCAUUGUCCUUGACCCUAUAUUGCUUUCAAUAGUUAAUGUUAAGUCUGUCUUAUUUUCCUUUUAAUUUUAUAAAUGUGAAGCAAACUAACUGCUUUUACAAGUGAUAAAAAUCACAGGAGAGUAUUAAAGCAUUUAUCCUUUUGUCCUGCAAUAAAAUGCAUGUUAUAUUUCCUAAAAAAUCAAAUAUCGGGGUUCCUAAACUGUCAUUUUCAUGGGUAAAAUAAGCUGUAUUGUAGUCCCUUUUGACUAAAAGGAAAAUGUUCUGAUCCAAAGCCAAGUACAAGAACUAUUUCAUAUCUGGGAUGGAUAUUUAACCUGGAUAAUGGAAGAUUUGAGAAAUGACAGAAUUGCUAUCCUUAGAUAUUUCAAGAGUUUCAUGCAUAACAGGAAGUAGGAUUUAUUUAGUUUUGGUAGGCAAAACUGGUUGAAAUGCCAGGGAUGUGGGUUUUUGGCUUACUAGAGGUAAGGAUUUCUAAAAAUUAUGAUUGCUAGAAAUGUAACUGUCCACAUUAACAACUUUUUCACUGAACUUCCCCUAAGAGCUGAAGUAGAGGCAACCCCUUUUGCUACAUCUACCACCAGAUAUCCUUUAGUCCUUUACACACUCUGGUAGUUGCUUGCAAUGUUUGCAAGGAUAGUCUCAAUAAACAUGAAUGUCUGAAGCUACUGAAAUUUUAUUAAUAAACACAGAUCUCUAAAGUUACUGAAGCUUCAAGAAAGUGCAAAGUUAUAUAAACAGAGCUAAUUGUGCUCUUAGACAAAUUCUGAAAGAGACAAUGGUUAUCUGAGUUGCACUAUUUUUUCCAAACCCUUAUCUUCCCAAGGCCUAGUGACCAGCCAGCUCUUUCCCAGGCCUUUAUCCCACGUUUCAUUCCUAAAUGUUCAUAGGCUCAUUUCAGCAGUCAUCUAAUCCCUGGUAAGGUUGCCAUUCAAAAUAGGCUGAUGAUAGGGAAAGCUAGAUCUCAAAUUUUGACAAUACAGAUAGAAUUGUAAAACCGAAUGGAAAACAAGAAUCUUAAAAUAUAUGUUUAGGGACUAUUUGUCAGUGAAGACUUGCUUGUUGGUUAUCUCUGCAAGCUUGAUUACUUCUUCUUUUGACUACUAAGGAAAAAACCUGACUGAGGCUACUGCCAAUAUAGUGAUUUUUUUUUGAUUCCCCAAAAUAUCUUCGACAAUACUGUUAUCCAGUUGUAGAUUGGCAAGCUAUUUUCAGUUUACAUAGAAAAGAUCUUUUGAAUUCAUGAAAGUUAACACUUGUAUACCUCUUUGCUAGACAAGUUUAUUUGCAUACCCAAACAUGGACUGAUAUGCCCUUGACUAUAUUUAUAGACUAUUUUCUGCAGAAAUACUCAUUCUGAUGCUUUCCCUAAGGAAGGAUGGGAAGCAACAGCACAAACAGUAUAAGAGCAAAGUACACUGAUCUUCAAAUAUCAUUUCAGUACUCCCUCUAUGCAGCUACUUACAUCCUAAGAUUAAUCCCUAGUCUAUGGGCCAACAGUAUAGCCUUGUGGGUUCUGUGUCACUUCAUCAGCAAGAAUAAUAAAGCCAUUAUUUCCAUGAUCAACUUAUCUGUGGCUAAUUGUGCUCACUUGCUGUCCUUACUCCUCUGGAUUUACUAUUAAAUCAGCCACCAUUGGCCUUUCCAGAGGACCCUUUUCUUUCUGUACUUUUACCUGAAUUAUCUCAAUAUCUAUGCCAGCAUUUGUUUCUUGACAUGUAACAGUCUUCAGAGAUACUUCUUUCUCCUCAAGCCCUUCAUGACCAGAGGCUGGAAUAGGUACGAUCUGAGCAUCAGUGCUGCAAUCUGAGUGAUGGUAGGGACUGCCUGUUUACCACUUCCAAUUCUGAGAAAUGUUGGAUUAGAUGACAACACUGAACCCUCUGAGCCCUGACUUGCUGAUUUAGGGCUUCAAUACAUUAGCAUAGCAUCUACUAUUGGCAUGAUAACUGUAGUUGAACUUGGAGAGUUUGUAUUCUCUGUUGUAAUAAUUACUUAUUGUACAGGGAGAACAGGAAAACUUUUACAAGAAUUCCAAGUUCUUCAUAAAACUACCAAGAGAAAAAAGGCUUUGUGGAUGGUCCUGAUGUGUGUGGUAGUAUUCAUUGUGUGUUUCACACCUUACUACCUCAAUUUCUCAUUCUUAAUGGUGGUGAAGCAAAAACUCUUUUAAAACUGCUCCUUUGUUAAGAGCACUCUAUUUUUUCAUAUAAUUUCCCUGUUUCUUGUAAAUCUAAAUUGCUGUUUUGAUCCAGUUGUAUAUUAUUUUAAGAUCUCAGAAUUUUCUGAUGGAUUUUCAGAGAGUGGUAGUUUGGUUCUUCAGUCAUGUGUGAAAUGCAAGGAUAGUGCUUUGGAAAUUCAGCAUAGGAAAGAGGGUUUUAAAACUCUCUCUCUUGAAUUUUGGGAUGCUUCCAAAGUAAUGUAAGAAAAGAAUUACUUUUAAAAUUAAAAGAAUAAUCUAUAUGCUCUAUCAAUUUAUCUAUGUCACCUUGAAGAUCUUUCUUUAAAAAAGUUUUAUAUAAAAAAGUUUUAUAUAAACGUCCCUCAAUUAAACAUGGCUCUCUUCCAUUCAUCCUCAAAAUGAUGAUUCUUAAAAAAAAAAAUUAAUGCUUAUAUUUUCUGUCAAAAUGGAAGCAUUGUUCUAUGGAGCAUGUGUAUGAGAAAAUAUCUUUCCUUACAGAAAAGGAUAAAUAACAAAAUCAAUUGUACACCUGUUCCUCAACAACGGGUACAAAAUUUUCACCUUCUCUUGUAAGAAGCAAAAUGCAAAUUGAAAACAGAUGGACACAGAUGAAUUGUCUACACAUUUUUAAAUGCACAGGAGAGUAACACAAUCCUAGCCUUAUUAAAAAAAAUAUACAGAGGUGGAGUGGCCAAGGUGACAGAGUAGGAAGACCCUGAUCUCACCUUCUGCCACAGUUCAGUGAAGUUCAAUUCAGUUGCUCAGUCGUGUCCGAAUCUUUACGACCCCAUGAAUCGCAGCACUCCAGGCC